AUGGCAACCGAUCCACCUGUACCACCCGAAUGGACCGUCCUCUACCACGCUCCAGGCAAAUUCAAGGGCCGAGGAGAAUUCCUGCGACUCAUGCUAGAAGACAAGGGCGUGUCCUACGUCAACACGGACGAAAAUCUCUACGGCCCUGACGGGAUGAUGGAUGGAUUCCGUGGUUCUCAUGAAGCCAUUCAAAAGAACACCCUCUCCUUUCCCCUCUUGUUCCCACCGGCCAUUUGGCAUCGACCUCGAGAUGGAGGAGAAGAAGUCUUGAUUAAUCAAUCGGCAGCUUGCAUGAUUUACCUAGGAGAUGUCUUGGGGUAUGCACCCUCGUCGGCCGCCGAACGAGCACGGGCCAAUGCCGUGCUCCUCAAUGCCAUGGACUAUAUUGCCGAAGGCCGAGUCAGUUUUCAUCCCGUCAAGAAUACCAUGAGUUACAACGAUCAAAAGGAAGAAGGAGACAAGUCCUCCAAAGAGUGGUGUGAAAAUCGAAUGAAAAAUUUCCUCUAUCAUUUCAACAAAGUAGUGGCCGGACAGAAUGGUGGUGGCAAGGCUCCUGUGGCAGGAGGACCCAAUGUGACCUAUGCCGAUUUUGCACUCUUUCAUGUGCUGGAUGCCACUGUUUCUCAAUUCAAUAACGAGAAAUACGGUCAUGCGUGGGACAAGUUUGACGGGACAGCUUUGAAGGAAUACUACCUCUGGAUGAAGGAACGUCCCAAUCUGCAAGCAUACUUCCAAUCGGACCGAUGCACACCAUUCGCUGGAGACAGCAUGAUGUAA